AAACGGUUACCCUCUGAGUUACUCCACUAUCCGGAUCCCCGGAUGUACGGAGCCAAUCGGAUGCGAGCUUCUGAUUUUGUCUUCCCAACUGUCCAGAUGCGGCUUAUGAUAGCCAGAGCAAUGAGGGACAACAGUGCAGUUUUCAAGCUGUUCGUUGUUUGAAUGUGUCUUUCAAAGACUGAAACUGCCAAAGGAUGGAUCCUGUAGUGCUGAGCUACCAGGAUAGCCUGCUGCGGCGUUCCGACGUGUCCUUACUGGAAGGCCCCUACUGGCUCAACGACCAGGUCAUCGGUUUCGCCUUUGAAUACUUUGCCAACGAGCGCUUCAGGGUGCUGGGCGACGCGGCCAUCUUCAUUAGCCCGGAGGUCACCCAGUUCAUCAAGUGCGCCUCCUGUCCUGACGAGCUGGCCCUCUUCCUGGAGCCGCUGGAUCUCCCGUCCCGCCGCUGGGUCUUCCUGGCCGUCAACGACAACUCCAACCAGUCCGCCGGGGGCUCCCACUGGAGCCUCCUGCUCUACCGCCGCAGCUCCAAUCACUUCGCGCACUAUGACUCUCAGAACGGCAGCAACUCGCUGCACGCACGGCGCAUCGGCAGCAAGCUGGAGCCCUUCCUCGGCGCCAGCAGGAAGGCGCUGUUCGUGGAGGAGCCGUGCCCGUCGCAGCAGAACAGCUACGACUGCGGCAUGUACGUCAUCUGCAUCGCCGAGGCCUUGUGCGAGAAGGUCAGGCUGGAGGGCUCGCCCCGCCUCCCCGUGCAAAUCAUCACCCCAGCCUACAUUACCCAGAAGCGGGCCGAGUGGUGCAGACUGAUCCAGAGUCUGGCUCAGAACGACCUCUGCUGCUCUCUGUCUUUCACCUAGCUCGUACGCAGAAUAGCGCCCCCGACUCUUCCCCCUACUGCUGGAGAAACAGAAUGCACUCCCCGCAUACCAGUGUGUAACUACAUAUUUAUUAUAUUUCCCUGACAGUCAAAUGAAGAGGCGGUGUGAUGUUUUUCCAGUGUAUAUGCACAGCAACGUACCGUAUGUAAAUGACACCAGCAUGCCUAUAAACCUAAAAUGUGUACAUGCUUUGUGAGCUUGGAGAAUGUGGAACAGGAAGCACUGAAUCUUUUCUGUUGUUUGGUGUGCAGCGAAUGUAGAAAUGUUUACACAGAUUAUUGCUCAGGGUCAUUUUAAAUGAACUGAAUUGACUAUAAGAAUGUGAAUACGAACUCUGGCUCCUGCAUCUUAUCUCGUUGUUAUUGUGCUCCCGUUUUUGUUUUGUUUUUUUCCAGCAGUUUCAACAGUAUUUGUCUCUCUACACCUGAUGUAGAUGUCAGACGGAAGCAUUUUGUGCCACUGAGUGUGUGUGUGUGUUUUUUUUUGGAACAAAGGGCAAUGUUGAGUGGAGGAAUGUAUGUUAUGUUCUCCAAUAGUAUCUCACAUGCAGUCUGAUCUGAUAAGUGUGGCAGUCGUCACAUUUUUGUGGACAGAAAAGUCGCUGUAAAAAUCGCUCUGGUUUUUUUUUUUGACAUGCCUGCUGUCUGUUUUUUUUUUCUUUCUUUGUUUCUGUUAUUAAAACUUGUUUGGCUGCAGAAUGA